AUGGCAUUUGUAUUUCAAGCUGAAAGAGAUAUAAACAAUGCAUCUGGAGCUUUGCCACCAAAUGUAGGUCCAGGAAGUUAUAUUGAACAUAGAAAAUAUGAAGCUAGAUCUCAUGCUGCUCCUUUUAAUACACAAGUUGCAAGAAGUAAGCCAUUAAAAAAAAGUAACUCACCUGGACCUGGCAGUUAUAAUGUUGAAUUUGUGACUGAAGGGUAAUGAUAAUUUGUAAUUUUAAGUUAACGGGUUGUUUUGUAAUCUGCAUAAUCUGAAGUGAAAAUUGUAGAACAAUAGAAACAGCAAUCAGUUUUUAUGUCGCAGACCAAAAGAUUUUAGGAAUAAAAAGUAUUGGAGACUCCAGGGUAUUAUAUUCAUUUAUAUCAGUCCUGGCGCUUAUGAAUCUACAUCACAAAAGAAAAUUGCAUAACAACAAUAUACAUCCUAAAAUUAUAUCGACAAUCUAAUGAAACUAAAUAAAUAUUAAUCCAUUCCUAGUAUUCCAACUGCAACUUAAGUGUAUGGUUACACUGAUAAAGGACGUAAUACUUCAUAUAUAUACUUUUAGCUCAUGAUCUAGAAUUAAAUAAGAGUCCUAAUCCAAUAUUUACAGGAUUGAAAUCAGACACUGUAGGACCAGGAUAAUAUUAAUUAAAAGACACUUUUGAUAAUAAUAAGAAUAAAGGACCUUCUUGGCAUAAAUCCAGAGUUCCUAAAUUAGCUCCUCCUUCAAGGGAAUAGAUUGUUGGACCUGGAGCUUAUGAUCAUGAAAAUUCUAUUAUUCCUCUCUAUAAAUUAAAUCCUUCAGGCAAUUUUCUCUCAAAAUCUCAAAGAAUUUUUGAUCAAUAAAAAGGACAAAAAACAAGAGAAUUUAUGAGAGUUUAGUUUGAAAAUUAAAAGAAAAAACUAAUGCAAAAUCCUGUAUUUGCUGAUAUUGAAGAUGAAGAUGUUGAAUUUUAUGAUGUAUAUAUAUUGUUUAGAUGUAGAAUGCUACACCAGGACCAGGAUAUUAUAUAGGAAAUUAAACAACAUUUUCCACAGCAUCUACAUAUUCUUAGUCUAUGCCAAAGGCUUAAAGUGGUUUUGGUUCAAAAUAAAAAAGAUUUAAUGAAUAAUAAAGAUAGAUAUAAAUGGGACCAGGUGAUUAUAGAAUAGAAACAAAUCUUAUCAAAAAUAACAUGGCUAUGAAAAAUAUUCCAUUCUUAUCUUCCAAUACACGUUUUGAUAGUAGAGCAUUGGAAAAAAAACCAGGACCUUAAAGUUAUAAUCCUAAAAUCACAGUAAUAAAUAUUUUUCUAUAAUAGUUAGAAGAUAAAUUAAUAAAGAAAUUAGAAAGAGCACCAGUUGGAAAGUUUGGAUCAAAUUAACCAAGAUUUGAUGAUCCAGAAAAUGAAUAACCUGGACCUGGAACUUAUGAACCUAAUUUUUCAGAUCCUGCUAAAAGUGCUGCUUGUGUUUUCAAAUCUUAAACUAAAAGAAGUGUUAUUGGUGGUAAAGAUAAUAUGCCUGCUCCUGGAGCAUAUGAUGUUAAAAACUAUACAAUAGAAAAUUCAACAAAAGUAGAAAAAGAAGAAGAUAAAGAUCUUAUCAUUAAUAAACCAGGUUUUGGAUCUUCCUUACCAAGAUUUUAAGAAAAACAAAAAAAAAGUAUAGAUGAAGAAGAUGAAGAAGAAGAUGUUUAAUUAAAACAUAAUGCUUCUGAUUUAUUUUAAAAAAAGAAGAAAGAACAUCCAGCAUUUAAUUGUUAAGUAAAAAAUAAAUGAAAUAUUUUAAUAGGAAAAUAGAUUCUAAUACGAAUAGAAAAAGAAUAAUCUUCCUGGACCUGGAGAAUAUUUCGAUUAAAAAUAAAAUCCUUGGGAUAAAAAGACAUUUAAUAUUUUAUUUUCAGAGAUUUGA